AUGCAGAGGGCCUUGCUUUGGCCCUUGGCACUUUUGCUUGCCUUUAUCUUCCUCAGCAUGCCAGAAAUUGUCCCUCACACUCAGGUUGCUUGGCAAGACUUCAGCACAUUCCAAGUCCCUUGCAGCAAUGUGGGCUGCAAAUGUUUCUUCAAGACUACUGCUGGUCACACAAAGCAUAUUCUUUCUGCCCACCCUAUUGUAUCUCCUCCAGCCUCUCCAGAACCACACAUAAGCCACCCCAACAACAUCACCGACAAUCCUUUUCAGGACAGCAAGCUUCUAGGUCAGCCAAAUGGUGAUGGUGAUGAGGCAUUACAAGCUUCUCCUCCUCCCAACAUACACACAGAAUUCUUUGGAUCUGGAAACUUGCUCUAUUGCAACUACCAUACAUCAUUGAAUGAUCACAAAGACCUCUAUGCAACAAUCAAUUCAAUCACACUAGGCAAUGUGAAGUGGGAGGGCUUCUCAUGCACAUACACAGGUAAGAAACCUGAUGGCUACCCAUCCUGGAUGGAUGGGACUUAUGAUGUCUGGUACCAAGAUCUUCAGGAGGUCAUUCUCAACAUGUUGGCAAAUCCAGCAUAUGCUAAUGAAAUGGAUUACCGGCCUUAUCACAAGUACACUACCAAUGGAGAUGAACAGCAGUUAUGA